UUUCCUCAGAGAGAUGAUAGAGCAUAUUCUUUUAAGCUAUGGAAGGAAAUACACUGAUGAUGCAGGGGAGGUUUACUUUGAAAUGCAUGAAGAUAAAAUAUGCAGAGCUAUAGUGCAAAUGCUUUUGCAAAAUGCAGUUAAAUUCAAUUUAUCAGAGUUUCAUGAAGUCUGGCAACAAAGUGUCCCUGAAGGGAUGUCAACAAGGCUUGAUCAGCUUAAGGGUUUGGCUCUUGUGGAUAAAGCCUCAAGACCAGAGACCAUCUUUCUGCUAAAAGUAGAAGACUUACCUGAAGAAAAUCAGGAAAGAUUGAACAGCUUAUUCAGCAUACAGGAAAAAUGGACGGAAGCAGAUAUUACCCCUUAUAUCCAGUAAGGAUAUGUUAAAAUAAGAUUGUAUUUAAAAAAAGAAGUCAAUUAAGCAGAACUAUGCUAUAAUUGGAGUUCACAUUCUUCCCUUUCUGCAUGGCUGACUUUCAGCUAUGUAGUUAUGUCUGAAGUACUGUGUUUUAAAUUACUACAAAUUCUACAUGAAUAGAAUCCCCACUCAUGUGAACUAUAGCUACAUUUGUUGGAUUUGAACUUGUGUAAAAAGCUGAUCCAUUGAAUUUAAAUGAGAACUGAUUUGAUUGAGGCAGACUUCAGCUAAAGAAAAUGUCCUGAAUCUUUACUUAGUCUCCAUAUUUACAACUCAAGAGCUGUACAGCAGUAGUGCUUCCUAAACUGCAUCCUUUUUUGUCCUACGUUACAAUGUUAUGUGGAAGACCAAGCCAGACUGCAUGUGGACAGGCAUAAAUGGUAACCCAGAAGCUACUUCAUUAAUUUUUUUGAGUGGCUCUAAAUUUACUUUAAUAUAAUUAUUUCAAAGCUAGUUUGAGAGAACAGCAAUAAUAAUUUAAAACAAAACAAAAGCCUUGCUUCUCAAGGCAAUCGUGGUCUUUCCUGUUCCUUAAAUUUCAAGCCAAGUUCUAAACUUUAGGUAAUUCAGAGCAUUCGGAGAGUAACUCUUGUGAUUUUCUCCCAAUACCCAAGUCCAGCUUAUGGCCAUAUUUACAGUCAUUUCACCGAACAUCGUGUCUGAAAGCAUGUUUAAUGCUAACGUCAUCUACUUUAUUUCCUCUGUAGAGACUUAUGUGCAGAGAAGCAGACGGUUGGUCUGCUUCUGACAAAAUAUGCUCGAUCCUCAAUGCAAAAUGGUAUUAAAGUUUAUAAUUCCAGAAGACCUAUCUCAUAAAAAAUACUGUUUUAAAAACUGAGGAUAUCGUACGGAGUAACAGUGAAUGUUGCUUCUUCCUCCCCCUUCUGGGGGAAAGAGUUGUCAGCAAAUGUUAUGUGGCAUUCUUGAACUGAAGCAGCUGAACUUUGUGAACAAAUUUAGUUUCCUGCACAGCUAAGUAGAAUGAGAAAGAACUUGCCUCUUCUAGGAAACCAUAAUGUCUGCAGCCCAUUUCCACCUUCCUCUGUCCGCUUUCUUUUCCUUUGUGUUUACAGUUACACUGGAAGUCAAGGUUCUUGAAUAUGAUUUAGCUGUUUAUCCAUACACUGAAGACUAUCAUUAAAAAUUAAAACCUUAGUAAUAAUUGAAUCAAAUGGAUUUUAACAGCAGAAUAAAAUGUUUAGUCUUUUGUCCAUUAGGGAGCAUUUUUAAGCAUGCGGAUUUUGUUGCUAUGUUGACAUUUUGAAUACUCACACCUUCACAAGCUUAUGAAUGAAUUACUGUUAACUGAGACUAAGCUGGUUCUUUUUGUGACCUUGAAUAACAUUGACGCAAAUUCUUGAUAGUUCAACGCUUGGCAAAAUGCAGCCUUUUAAAUAUUACAAGGAAAAAAAAGCAUAAUCAGGUUUGUAAAAUCAAGUCUGAAGACAUGAGAAAAUUGUGUUACGAAGUUCCUGUAAACUGCCAUUAGAAUGUAGCUGAUGUAAAAUUCAUCUUUUAAAGAAAACUGCCUUUGCUUUAAAGAGAACUUGCAAAACUUAGUAAUAUGAGUUUUUACGAUUUUGGUAUGGACAAUAACUGCACAUGAAAAUUGUGCCUUGAAAACUUAGGGUGGAAUAUUAUUUUGCUUGGAGCAAUUAAUUAGAAAUUUGCUAUGAUAUAGCCUUAAAAUUGAGUAACCGUAAUUGAAAUUUCUUGAUUAUUAAAAGCAGUUUGCAUUUGUCAGUGAAACAGUUUCAUAACCAAAGGUACAUUUAGUAAAUGCAAGGUGAUCAGUGGAGGGGGAUGGAAGAAACAAAAUCAAAUAAUUACACAUUUUCUGGAUUUUUUACAAAUAAAAAGCUGAAUAAAAGCUA